AUGUCCAACGCACCCCACGGCGGCCAGCUCAAGGAUCUUCUCGUGCGAGAUGCCCACCUGCAUGACCAGCUCAACGAGGAGGCCAGGUCGCUCAAGGACAUCUUCUUGACCGAGCGUCAACUCUGCGAUCUUGAGCUCAUCAUGAACGGUGGUUUCUCCCCUCUUGAGGGAUUCAUGAACGAGGCCGACUACCUUUCGGUCCGUGACACUCUCCGUCUCGCCAAAGUCGACGGCCAGCGCCAAGGCACCCUCUUCCCCAUGCCCAUUACCCUCGACGUCUCCCAGUCCUCCAUCGACGCCCUCUCUAUCGCCCCCGGCGCCCGCAUCGCCCUCCGUGAUCCGCGUGACGAGUCGGCUCUCGCCAUCCUUACCGUCUCUGACAUCUACUCGCCCGAUAAGGCUGCCGAGGCUGAGGCCGUCAUGGGCGCGGACGACCCCGCUCACCCCGCCGUCACCUACCUCCGGAACUCGACACACGAAUUCUACGUUGGCGGUUCCGUCCAAGCCAUCAAGGCGCCUACGCACUACGACUACGUCGCUCUCCGCUACACGCCCGCCGAGCUCCGCGCGCACUUCCAGAAGGUCGCAUGGAGGAAGGUUGUCGCGUUCCAGACCAGGAACCCGAUGCACCGGGCGCACCGCGAGUUGACGGUUCGCGCGGCGAGGCAGAGGAGGGCGAAUGUCCUCAUUCACCCGGUAGUGGGUUUGACGAAGCCGGGAGAUGUCGACCACUACACUAGGGUCAGGGCGUAUCAGGCGUUGAUGCCGGGCUACCCAGAGGGGAUGGCGCAUCUCGCGCUCUUGCCCCUCGCUAUGAGGAUGGCGGGGCCAAGGGAGGCGCUCUGGCACGCGAUUAUCCGCAAGAACUUCGGCGCGACCCACUUUAUUGUCGGUCGUGACCACGCCGGACCCGGGAAGAACUCGCAGGGCAAGGACUUCUACGGCCCUUACGACGCGCAGGAGCUCGUCGCUCAGUACAAGGACGAGCUGCAUAUCGAGAUGGUCCCCUUCCAGGCCAUGACCUACCUCCCGGGCACGGACGAGUAUCAGCCGGUGGACGAGGUGGCCAAGGGGACACCUACGGCGGACAUUAGCGGGACUGAGCUCCGCAAGCGGCUCAGGACUGGUGCUGCCAUCCCCGACUGGUUCUCCUACACUGGCGUCGUCAAGGUCCUGCGCGAAUCCUACCCUCCUCGUCCCAAGCAGGGCUUCACCAUCCUCCUUACCGGCCUCCACAACUCUGGUAAAGACACCAUCGCCCGCGCUCUCCAGGUCACUCUGCAGCAACAAGGCCAGCGGUCCGUCUCCCUCCUCCUCGGCGAAGAGCUCAGGCACGACCUCUCUACCGAGAUCGAGGUCCACCCCACUCCCGAAGAGAAGCACGUCAAUCUCCUCCGGAUCGGGUUUGUCGCUUCGGAACUCACCAAGGCCGGCGCUGCCGUCAUUGCCGCCCCGACCGCGCCGUACACCCGCUCUCGCAAGGCCAUGCGCGAGCAGAUUGCGGGCCAGGGAGGCAACUUCUUCUUGGUGCACGUGGCGACGCCGCUCGAGUGGUGUGAGAAGGUCGACAGGCGCGGGCUGUACAAGCGCGCGAGGAACGGCGAGAUUAAGGGCUUGACGGGUGUGGAUGAGAAGUACGAGGAGCCCACGGACGCGGAUCUGGUUUGUGAUCUCAGGGAGGAUACUGUACCGGAGAUCGUCCACUCUAUCAUCAUGAUUCUCGAGGCGCAGAGCUUGCUGUAA